CUGUGCCUCUAAGCCCGCCUCCCUCACCUGGCUCGGCCAAUGGCCGGCCGCGGCGGGCAAGUUCGAACGGUGGAGGCGGGAGCAAGGCGCUCCGUGUCGGUUAAGCGCGAGAUUCGAAGAGUGGCGGUUGGUAGUGGAGUAAUAAUGGCGCUCUCCUCACAGAUUCAGUCUUUAGACGCGCUGAAGUACGUUGAGCUGCAACAGAUCGCCAAGGCCGCCGGCCUGAGGGCCAACCUCCGGGCCGACAAGCUGUUGAAAGCGCUGAAGCAACACUUCCAAGGAAGAAUGCAAGAAAAUGAAAAUACGAAUUCUGAAAAAAGCGUGCCUGCUUCAAUGGACUCUGAACCGAGCUGUCAGCAGGAAUUUAUGCCUAAUCCAGCACGUUUUGUCACAAAAAGAUGUAAAGAAAAGAAAGCAACCAGGAAAAAGAAGAGCUCUGAUAUGGAAGCUAAUGACAGUGAAGAAAAUACAGGGCCCUCUGUUGAGAUGGAGGGGCGUUCUGAAACAAAGGAGAACGAAGUGCCUCAGGGUGAUUAUGGAAAGGAAAAAAUGGCAUUCCAAAAUGUGGACCAAGUUACUAAAAAAAGAGCUGAUGAGAAUCCAAGCACAGCUACUGCUGAGAAGCAGCCAAACAGGACUUCUAAAAGCACUAGAGCAGAACGUGAUCCUCAUCCUGCAGGACAGAAGAUUCCUAUGUAUGUUGGUAGUGCAUCUAAGCCUGGGAAAACAGGGCUGAAAGCUACUACACCAAACUUUAAAAGGCUGCAUGAAGCUCACUUCAAGAAAAUGGAGUCCAUUGCUGAUUACAUUGAGAGGAAGAAAAAAAUGCGUGAGACCUGCAGCAGUUCCCUCAGUGAAGCCAAGAAACACAGCAGUGGCAAAACAUUGUUAUUCAGCCCCAAUCCAGAACGAGGCAGAUUCUCUGGCACCUGCACUCCCAGUAACCUGCGACGCUCACCACGCGGUUUGCUGAAUGCUGGAAGUCAAAGUAUUUUGCCUAGGAAAUCUUCAUUUAAUCCUUCUGUUCUCUCAACAACCAAAAUGAAUGUCAGGUUCUCUGAAGCCACAAAAGAUAAUGAACAUAAACGUUCUCUUACUAAGACUCCAUCUAGGAUGUCUCCAUACGUGGAAGAGAUCUGCACACCUGACAGCCAGAAGAGCUGUGAACCCCUCAAUGCAAAAAACAGCAAGAGAAGCACGAGAAAUAAUGAUCUGCCUGCAUUAAAGGCUUUUACCCCGUUCAAGUUCGCAGCUCAAUCUGCAGAACCCUCAAGCACCAAGAAGAUAUUUGAUCUCAAAGCAAGUCUUUCAAGGCCGCUUCGGUAUCAACCACACAAAGGACGGCUAAAACCUUGGGGAGAACUUAAGGAAAAUGCUCCCCCAAAGAGGUCUGUCAACAGCAGCAUCACUUCACAUAAGAGAGACUACAAGCAGCCACAUCUCCAGACAAGGGAAGACAGGCGGGAGAAGCAUGAGCAGGAGAGAAAAAAGAAGAAAGCUCAGGCUCUUCGAAACCGUAGAGGACUAUCUAUGGGUUAGGUAAAAUCAGAAAUAGCUAGGAUCUCACUUGUAAAUACUGUUUCUCUCAUGUAAAUAUUUGUGCUGUUUGUGCUUCAGAGUAUGGGUCAGGUUGUUUAUUAGCUAGGUAGAAUCCACAGAUGACUGAAUAAGACCUUACAGUGCAUCUGAGCAUAAAGUUUUACCAAUCAGCUCCUAAGCUCUUAAAUGUUUAGAACUCUCAUCUCCUUGGAGAACUGUCUCUAGCUGCAGAACUCUCCAGUUGGUUACUGAUAUUUUCUAAUGUUGCUAUGUAUCACACUAUGUAUCUCAUGUAACUAAAAGAUGUCAAAGGAGAAAAUGCAAGUAGGAAAGAGAUGCUUGUGGAGCCUCCUAAUAACUUGGUGCAGACUUCACCAAAAUGUUUGUUAUCCACUAGAACACAUAGUUUGGAUUGCAAGCUUCAAAACAUUCCACUGGUCAAUUAAAGGAACUGAGAUAUCUGCUUGCUCUGUUAUCCAAGUGGAUCCUUAAAACCUGUAGCAACUGUUCAGUGUGUCCUACCGUAGAUCUGUGAAAUGGUAGGGAAUCUCCAGGGAAAGAAAUAUGCAUGCUUUCUGGAAAUCCACAACGUUUACAGAAAACUACAAGGCAUAGCAGAAUUAUGAAUUUUUGGUUUUUUUUUUCCAGUAAGUUCACAGAUGAAAAGUGGCUUUACAAACCAGUACUGGAUGCUUAGAUCAGUUAUGGUUGGGCUUGGUUCUUUCUAGAAUAAACAGAUGAUUGAAAAAAACAAUUGAAAUACUUCAAAGAUGUUAAGAAGAGUGAGAUGUUUAAAUGCCUUAAAUGCAAAAACUAAUGUUAUUUUAAAAAAAAAAAAGGCUCAGAAAAGCUAUUUGGAUGUGUUAUGGAUGAAACCAUGACUGGAAAGGUAACUCAGCAGUUGUAAUCUCAGCAAAUACUUGUACUUCAAAAAUACUAGGUGAGCAAAUACUUCAGUGCUGUCAUAUCAAAUGCUGAAACAUAAAGCUUGUUUUUAUAAACCAAAUGGGGGGGGAAAUAAAUUUUUUUGUACAUACCUUGUUUAUUACCAGUUAUCUAUUGUGACUACCUCUACCUACCUCCUUAGUAUAGCACCAGUUCUGUUUGCACGUUACUCAGUUAUCUCUGAACAGAUUUGUUUCUGUACUGAUUUGCCUGCAUACCCUUUUGUGAAUGCAUUAGUGUUCUGACGCCAUUAGGAAGUAUAAGCUUUGCUCCCCCUCUGCUCUUAAUCUAAAUCUGUGCAAGAGGAAACUGCUGAUGCAAGAUGGUGUCAACUUGUUUUGUUGUGGUCUCCAUAUAAGGCAGAGCUAAGAUUAGUUUUUUUAAGGCACAUUUAAGGAGGGGACACUAAAUGAUGUCAAGGCUUUGACUAGACUGUGACAUCUGAAAUGAAACCAUUCAGCAAUUGUUCUUUAAAGUAUUUCUUAAAUUACUGAGGAUGACAAAAAAGAGGGGUUGGGGAACUGAGCAUUUGCCCCACCUCUUGACACUGUGCCUUUCUGCAACACAGUUAACUAACAACACCGCAGAAAAGCAUCGCCUGUUCUUCCUGGGCCAUAGGCUGUGGGUAAGAGUGUUAAUAAAGCUGAGGUGCAUUUCUAGGGAAUUGCCAGUGCCUGGAACCUUACUUCUGUUUAACAGCUUAGUCUUACUGCUUUGUAGCUCUUAUCACCCAUAACUCUAAAAUAAGAGCUAGAUCCGCUUCAGUGCUACUGUUUGCUCGUGGCAGCAGCAGGUUUUUCUUUUAGUUCCUUACGGUGCCAAAAGUCUGACAUAUUUCAGGUCCUGUUCUUUUGUAAAUUUCAGAAGCUGUGACACACUUCAGCAGUAUUAUCACUG